GUAUAUUAAAUAGUCUUGGUCAGGUGUGACGACACUGGAAAUCGAUAUCAACAGAGGUUGAAAUUUCGCAAGAUCAACAACGGAUUUGUAAUAUACAGUGUAUUUCAGACGGAUGUCUUACUUAACGGGGUGACUAUAUAUCGACAUAUAUCGACAUCUCAAGCCUCUCUGAACAAGCUAAAACGAAGAACAAUGUCUGUGAAUGAUGUUCCUCGGGAUUCAUUUGGACGUGUACAUUUUGCGCCACCAGACUAUUCAGCAGCUUGCAGCAAUAAUGGCGAGCACUCGGGUCAAGCUUUCGGUCAUAGUGUAAUGACAGCGGACCUUGUACAAGAAAAGAUUCCACCCCCAGCUUAUGAUGAUAUCUUCGCAAAAACUCAAACUCCUGCCCCAAGUUCAUUACCGAGGGGACGUCAGACAUACUAUAAGGAUGACAGAAAUACGUGGGAAAAACUUCACGAAUGGUUUGAAAUGUCCGUUCUUCAACAGAUCAUUUGGUGUGCCGUUUUAGCCUUUUCCAUAUCGUAUAUAUAUUAUGGGACAAAAUACAGUGGGGAAUGCAUCAAAAAGAGGUUUGACAAAAAAGGAAAUGUAACGAACGAAGACGACCUCACCGCCUUCAUCAAGGCAGAAGGAGGGGUCAUUUGUGCCACGAUUCUUUAUGCUUUUCUUAUACGAUUACUCAUACUUUCGGAUAUCCGUCGUACGCACCAAAAACCUAAAAGCGAUUUAGAGGGACAGAAGAAAUGUGGUGGGAAUUUGUUCUUUCUUGGAAUGGCACUAUACAUUGCUAAUUUUGGUCUCUGUAUUGCAGGAGCGACCAAAAUCAUACCCUUGUACAAUCCAGAGACCAAUACAACAGUCACGUGUACCUCGGCGUUCUACGAUUUCUACUAUAACGCCAAGAUAGGACAGCUUGCUGUGUUUAUGCCUUACGCUGCCUACAUCAUUUUCUGUUUUGUCUUCAUGAUUGGAAUUUCUAAGAAAUGGUUUAUCAGACGUAAGCUCCGCCGAUGGGCCAAACUUCUCGAUGCAGACCAAGAUGGCGUCAUCAGUCAAGAGGACAUGAGGAUAACAAACGAAAAGCUAGAAAUGCUUCGUAGACUGAUUGGCGCAAGAACAACAGCUUUGUCCUCUACAGAACAGAAGAAAUGGUGGGAUGAUAAUAUAUUUAAGCGAGGACCCGGAAAAGACAUAGAAGUGGAGGACUAUAUCAAUGUCGUGGAAGGGUUGAUGGGUACAGGACCGCCUCAUGACAGAGCCGGCAAAAUCAGACCUGUCAUCAAAGGUUGGUUUAAUUUUUUCACGACAGAAGAGUACUUGAAGAGGAAGCUGCUUUUAGGAGGAGGAGAUUUCGUCAAGUUUUGGACCAUUCUAGACGGCAGCUGUGAUGAACAACAUUACAAGAAAAUGUACAUCAAACAUUUUCCAGCGCCAUUUAGCAUGAGUGAUUUCCUUGAAGACUUUGUGGCAUUUCUGUCUCAUCCCGACUUCUUUGAUGAGUACAGCAGCCGUGUCUAUCACGUAGUAAAAUAUCAAUCCGAGGCUAUUUGCUGCAAAGUAUAAAAGAGUUGUAUUUUCUUUUUCAUUUUAUGAAAAAUUGUUAUGAGCGGGGAUGCAUUUUUGCAUUUUACAUUUGUAUUGUUAUUUAUUUAUUUCUAGAAAAAUUGUUUACGGGUUUCCCUCUCCCAAAAAUGUCUUUCCUUUUUUUGUUUACUGAUUGCACGAUCUAGUUCUUUGUACGUCACAUGAUAUUAUGGUAUGUUAUCUUCAUUCUUCACUGAAUUAAUUCAAUGUGAAUGUGAAUAAAAUUGUUUUUAUUUUU